UAUAUAAAAUUAAUUUUUCAAUAUAUUCACUGGAAUUGUAUUAAAGUAUUUACGGCAGGAGCAGCAUGGUGAAGAUAUAUUAAACUAGUUCAAUGAAGAUCAUUAAUUGAAAUUUAACAGAGGAUUAAUCGAGCUAGUCUCGCGAUCAAUUGGUUAGUGAUGUCAGAAAUCAGAGUAGUGUGUUGACGAAUCUUUGAAGAUGAUGUUAGUCCCGCGAAAAACAGAUUAUGAACCGGUCAGCAAGGUCGAUCGUGAUUGAGCUGAUGUGCUUCGCGUCGUAUGAUAUAAAUUGGUCUUCCCCGUGCCGAUCUCUGUGACUCUGCCUUUAAAUUGACUGUGGAAUAGUACUCACCUAGCAAAAACAGAGGAGUAAUUUGAAAACAAUAAAACAUUCAACUAUACUGGUUAACACUAAACAACAAAUUUGAUCAUUUUUAAAUAUCAAGCUAAUUUUCUUUUCUCUUUAACUAGAGUUAUUAAUCAAAAUGUCAAGAAAAUACUCCAAGUCAUUGAAACUUCCAUAAACCUUCUCCAAAGGCACUCUAACUGUAAUUUGAGAAUGGACCAUUUAAUUUAAUAUUUCUGUUUAGAAAUUAUUCCUGUACUGUAGGUUCUUUUGGAUUGAUAUUUUUAUUCCUAUGGAUGUAAUUAGGAAAGUGAAAUCAUGGAAUUUUUGGAAAUCCUCACUUUUCUACUUUCAAAUCCCCCAUAAAUGCAUAAAUAUUCAUAGUCCAGUGAUUAGAAAUCCAAAAAAUAGAAAUUCCUUUCUAACGGUGCCUUAAAACCUUCUUCUCCCAAUAAUAAAUCAUAAACCCUAAGUCAAUAGCAAUUAUAGCUCAAAAUAUAGUCUAGUAACUAAAACUAAAGUAUUGUUCACCAAAUGGCCAAAAUUAAAAGUGAAUUAACACUUUCAGGAGGGGAGGUCGUCAGCUCGGACCGCCAUCAAGCGUAUUCUACACGUCGCUGUGUAGUAGGUAGUUAUCCAAUUGACAGUGCCCCCGUCUGACAUAGUUCAGUCGACGACAAACUCAGGACGAUUCGACUGCAUCUCUGCCAGCAGUGACGUUUUUGCUACUCCACGUUCCGGUAUCCACCGAAUUGCGUUCUUCCAACGUGUGCUUCUUCCAACUCGUCUCAAUAUCGUAGAAGAAGAAACAGUGAAAGGAGCAUUUGCAUCAUUAUAAUCAUUGAAGAAAUCGACAUGACGAUUCCCGUAAGGGUGUCCAAAAACGUGAUCGUGCUUUGGGAUCGGUUCACUGGUCCAGUGAAAACGAACUCGGUCAAGGUUGGCCAUUGUUAGUGAACUGUUUUUUUUUGCUUUUUUUUCUGGCUGUCUAAAGACAGCCGGUGAAAUCGUUCGGACCGAUAUCUUCUUCUGGAACAAACACAUGUCCAAGUGGAGGGAGAUGUGAGUGGACCAGCACGAUUGAUAUGGCAGCCGACCUGUACGCGAAUGGAUCUGUGAAGUCAACGUCCGACAGAAUUACGGGCAGCAUGAGGCAACGUAAGACAGGCACGCUUGGCGCCGCGGCGCCUAUGUCUACACAAGAAGAACGAUUGAAGUUUCAAGACAACAGGUUCUUGACGACAUUAGUGCUCGGGAGAAAUAGGAAAAUCUCGCCAGACGUUUUGCCGUCGUGUUCUCCGGGUAUUUUCCGGCAAAAGUCGUUCGGCGCGUCGACACCGCCGAAGAACAACACGGGCGCACCUGCGGCGAAAAAUCAUCAACGCGCAGGCGCGGAACCGCGAGAUCCACGUGAGCCGAAAGCACCUAACAGCGGUAGCGCACGUUUAAAGAGCGGCGUGUUACUUCUCGCGCGGGGCACCCGAGGCACCAGCAAGCACGCACGCCUUGGCACGACGCUGGCGAACAAAAUGGCGUCCUCGAGCUCUACCACGGUCGUGCAGGGCUGGCCGAACACCAAGGACGACUAUGAGCUCAAAGAGGUUAUUGGUGUUGGUGCAACCGCCGUAGUACACGCAGCAUUUUGCAUUCCACGGCAGGAAAAAUGCGCGAUCAAGAGAAUAAAUUUAGAAAAAUGGAACACAAGCAUGGACGAACUUCUGAAAGAAAUACAGGCAAUGUCCUCGUGCAAUCACGAGAAUGUGGUCACAUAUUACACGUCAUUCGUCGUGAAAGAGGAGCUUUGGCUCGUACUCAGGUUGCUAGAAGGUGGAUCCCUAUUGGACAUUAUCAAACACAAAACCAGGACUACAAACUGUAAACAUGGAGUGUUUGAUGAAGCUACAAUAGCAACAGUCUUACGAGAAGUACUCAAAGGCCUUGAAUACUUCCAUAGUAAUGGACAAAUCCACAGGGACAUAAAAGCCGGUAAUAUCCUACUAGGAGAAGAUGGCACCGUGCAGAUAGCCGACUUUGGUGUCAGUGCCUGGUUAGCAACUGGUCGAGAUCUAAGCAGGCAAAAAGUCAGACACACGUUUGUGGGCACACCCUGCUGGAUGGCACCUGAGGUCAUGGAGCAGGUGAGAGAGGACCAUGGCUACGAUUUCAAAGCAGAUAUUUGGUCGCUUGGCAUCACUGCCAUCGAAAUGGCCAGUGGUACAGCUCCAUACCAUAAGUAUCCACCAAUGAAGGUGCUGAUGUUAACUCUGCAGAAUGACCCACCAACUUUAGAUACUGCCGCCGACGAUAAAGACCAAUACAAAGCUUAUGGAAAAACAUUCCGGAAAAUGAUUGUCGAUUGCUUGCAAAAAGACCCAACAAAGAGACCAACCGCAACAGAGCUGCUGAAACAUCCAUUCUUCAAAAAAGCAAAGGAUAAAAAGUAUUUACAGCAGACUUUGGUAGCUUGUGGUCCUAGUCUCGAAACUCGAGUACAAAAGGCUUCAAAGAGACAACCCGGCACAUCCGGUCGUCUACACAGAACAGUUACAGGAGAAUGGGUUUGGUCUUCGGAGGAAGAAGACAGUAGCGCGUCUAGUGGCGAUGAGGGAAAAGAAGCUCUGCCGGUUAACACGAUCGAAAACGCAUCUAGUACCGAAGAGGAACCAGAAGAGGAGUUUUAUGGACAAGUGAAGUCAGCACGAAGUCACAUUGUAGUGCAAGCCACCGAGCCGAAUGUUCCUAUAAACUUGGUGCUAAGAUUGCGAAACCAGAAACGAGAGCUUAACGACAUCAGAUUCGAAUUCGCUGUUGGAGUAGAUUCCGCCGAAGGAAUCGCGGCGGAGCUAGUUGGUGCAGGGUUGGUUGACGGCAAGGAUAUCGUCGUGAUUGCUGCAAACUUGCAAAAACUCAUAGACAGUGCCGGCCAAUUGCGGACUGUAACGUUUUCACUGAAUUCUGGUCAUGCAGCGAACGAAGUGCCGGACGACAAGGCAUUAAUAGGAUUUGCUCAGAUCUCCAUCACCGAUUAAAGCAACACACGGAAGUUCUCGAAAUCUCUCAGGAUACCAUUCUUAAACGUCAGUUCAGAGAAUGGAAAGUAUCAAAAGCUGAUGGAUUCUCUCGACAUCUGAGAAUUUGAGAAAAAGGAUUUACCAAUUCUUAAACUCAAUUCUACCAAAAACAAUUCUACUAUUCGUUUGUUGCUUUUUCACGGCUUUUGCUACUUUCACUUCCUUAGUUUUAACCAUAAACAUAUGAAAUACAAACUACGAGUGCCAAAUGAAGAAUAUGACCCGUAUUGGAAAAGAAAUGCCUAGCCCUCAGUUGAUAUUGUUGGAUUAUAGGAAACAAAGGUUAAUUUUAAGUCUGAUUAUAUUUAGUUUUAAAGUAUUUAAUUUUGAUUUGUGUAUUUUAUACCUUGCACUACAUAUGUUAUUGAUGGUCUUUAUGACGUAAAAUAUACCAUAAAAAUUAGCGUGGAAUAUUCUGAAAUUAAGUAACUAAUCCUAAAGUUUUGUAGGUCAACUACAAUCGAAUAAUACCAAUUGAGGAUUAACGCGGUCAUCCUUUCCCUUUCUAACAGAUAUUUAUUUCUAGCAGAUAAAAAAGGAAAGAGAGACCUCGUUAUUAAUUUCUAUCUCUUUCUCAAUGAACCCCAUUUUCUCAAUAAGGCAUUCGCGGUCUGUACUUCUUACAUACAUGGUUCAAAGAAAAUACAGGACAAUGAAUAGAAUUGUUUAUGGACUGCUUGGAUGCACAUUUAAAGCUACAUGCAGAACUAUCAGUCUUAUGAAAAUAGAGAAUAGAUUAUGAAUGCUGAUAUUAAUAGGAAAAAAGAAACUGACAGAAAAUAAUCAAGGGUAGUUCGCGAUGAGCUUCUGUGGUGAAAAAGUAUUGAUCCAAUUCUGCCAACUGUUCGGUUCUGAACCUGCGAAGAUAGAGGAGAAAACAAUAUAGUACUGGCUUAAGUUUUCACUUGCUCUAAUCAUUAAUGGCUGUAGUCUCAUAUAUUCAACCUAUAUCACUCAUAUUAUUGCAUUAAUUCCUGUGUAAAUAUUAAUAGUCGAUGAAUUCCUCGAGGAGUUUAGGUUUAUCCGGCUCGCAUAAGCGGGCAUGACAGAAUUUCAAAUAACUAAGUAAAGGAGUGGCGAACUGUCGAAAGGUGCUUAAAAACACAUCUGACUUACUUAUUUGAAAUGCCAGACAAACAAAUGAUAUAUAUAUCAUAUAUCAUUGGAUAUAUACACAUGAAUCACUACGAUCACAUGAAUAUAUAUAUAUAUUCUUUUUAGUCCUUCUUGAAAAAUAUGCGCAAUGGUCGAAUGCAUAUCGUGUACUGGAAGAAAAAAACGAAAAAAGAGAAAGCGGGAAAAAAGCAGUUGUCAGUCUUUCCUCCUGUACGAUGUAAAGGUCGUUUAGCGUAUUUCCUUAUGCUUCACGUUACAGGAUCGUAGAACACGCGAAAGUACUAAAGAAACGUGUUUUGUACUUAAUUAAAUAGAAUUAACGAAUAGUGGAUUUAUUAUUUUGUAGCUUCAUUAGAAACAAACGGUUGAGAAAUGGAAAAUUAUGAUUCACACGUCCUUAUCGGUGAUUUUAAAGAAAAGCACUCAUAGAUACAGAUUCUAGGAAUGGUUUGUAAUAACCCUUUGAGGUCUUAUUUUCUGGUCAGGCUCGAAAUUAUUUAUCAAUUUCAAAAACAAUUGAUUCAAAAAUUGUUCAAUAAUUUAUACGUAAAAGAGAAAACUUUUCAUGAUAUAUCCAGUAUGUAUUAUGUUUCGUUAAUAAUAUAAUAUUAAUGUUCAUUCUCUUUUGUUUUGCAUCCUUUUAUUUACUAAACUGUAGCUAUAUUUUAAAAAUCCGAAAUAAGUGGUCUCGAGACUUAAUAGUGUAUUGAUUUUGAUGUAAAAAAAUUGCCUGAUAAGACAUAAACGACGCAAGGGGUUGUAAAUUAGAUUGUGUUGGAAUCACAUUAAAUAGAAUGAAAUAAAAUAUAAACGCAACUAAUUCUGCAUAUGAUUGAUAGAACCAUGAAAAUGUAUGUGAAUUAUACAGGGCAAAUAAAUGAUUGUAAUUAGCUUGUUUUAAAAUAAUGUGAUUCUGGUUUUAAGCGAGUUUCUGAUCCACGUAGUGACUCUUGUAAGAUUGAUAAAGGAAACAAAUAUUUUUCGCAAUAUUAUAGAUAUAUCGAUAAAUGAAGAUGAUGGUACAUAGAAAUGGAAAUAUUUAUUGCUUGGAAAAACAAUACAAAAAGGAGGUUUCAAAUGAAAUAAAGCCUAGAAUUAUUCUAACGAAUGAAUAACAUUUUUUAAUUAAAAUAGAAUUCCUUUAUCUAUUGUAAAAACGUCUAACGGUAGAUUUUUAUAAACCACUUGCAAAAUACAAAAUUCCUUUGUAUUUCACGAGAAAAAUUGUCGUAUUUGCUUACAAAAUUGUUAUGGAAAAACUAUUGAUGCUUGUUAACUCCUGUUGGAUUUCAUUUUCUUUUUGCAGUAAUGCAUAUCAUUAAACAAGAGCAAUGCAUUUUAACACAGUUGACCGAGAAAUAGUUCUGUCUUCAAGGAUUCUUUAUUUUUAUAGAAUUAUUAGAAAGAAUUUAAUUGUUUGUGAGAAAUGGAUAAUCAAACUUGAAUAAAGCAAUUCAUAACUUUUAAA